GAAGGCAGGCUUUUUUUUUUUUUGGAAGUUUUGCUUGGAAAGACAUGAGUCGAGCUUUAUGGAGAAAGGCAGGUAUCCAGCAAACCCCCCCGCAGGUUGUCGGCGUGUAGGCCACCGGGAUUCGGGAGCUCAUGACUUAAUGAACAUGAUGGAAAUGGCCGCGGAUGUGACACGAAGCUUUGAGGUGAGUGGGAGGUUUGGGGGCGACCAUGACUGCCAACAAGAGUUCCAAGUCUGCACCCCGUGCAGGCGAGAGUAAAGCGGCCCGUGACGUUCCUGACAGGUACCAGUUUACAUCCCCGCCUCCUGUUCUGUCUGCCAGCCAGGGGCGGUGCCAGAAGCCUCUACUGAGUGACAGUGAGAGCUCUGGGAAGCAGAGCAGGUACGUCAGGACUGACGGGAGGCUGUUGGGGAGGGCAGGUUGGAGCAGCAAGACAGCCAGCCUGUGCGGCAGCACCUCUCUAUCCGCUGACUUUGACUCCCACGGUCGGCUUGUCAAAUCCAAGAGCAUCAGCUGCCUGGACAACAAGCUCUCCAUCUACAAGCCCUUAGCCUCAGCUCAGGUGUGCCAGGAAGUCCAGGGAACCCAGGAACAGAGGGGGAAGACCCAGCAACAAGGAGGCGAUCUCCCUGGGGGAGAUGGACUUAAUGGUAGGCCCCUGAGUUGGAGCACACUCUCACUGGGACCUGCCUCAAACCAAGGCCACAACGGCACCCUCUCUCUUACCCGUCCAGUAACCGGUAUUUCUUCGACUGCCAUCCGUAAGAAGAUCUCAGAAUGGGAGUGCAGGCGGGUAUCUCUGCCUAGGAUGAGCUUGUGUCUGGAAAAAAGGCCAGGAGGAGAGCGUGUAGGGGGUAGAGAGGGAUGCCCCAGCUUGCUGUCUUCACCCUGCAGUGAGAAAACUUUUGACUUCAAGGGGGUCCGCAGGAUGAGCACAGCAUUCUCAGAGUGCUCUUACACAGAGACGGAGGAAGAAGAGGCUGCUUCAGACAAGGAGGGCCUCGGCCGCUUCCAGAAAAGACUAGUUAAGACAGAGUCCGCGGGGCCAUUCCUGCGCUCCCUGUCUGCUCGAAAGGACACCUCAGCGGUCCUCAACAGGAUACAAAAGAUCGAGCAAGCCCUGAAGGAGAAUCCAAAUCCAGCUCCUCCCGUGUACCUGAAUAACUGCUAUGCUCCAGACAAGACAAGGCAGAGGGCUUUUGUGAUAGGCGGGACUGAAGACUUGGAUAGUACGUGCAACAGUAAACGCAGCAGUGUUUGCUCAGUAGCCACUGAACCAGACACACUUCAGGUGUCCGAUAGACUCUCUAAACUUAGACGGCGGUUCAGUGUGAGCUCAGCCAGGUCUGAGAGUCCAGAGCCAGCUAGCCCACAGACCACUGGGGGAGCGCCGAUCAACCCCUUACCUAAACCCAAACGCACGUUUGAGUAUGACGCUAACCGAAACCAGAAGGGAGUUUCGCCAAAUAAUGGACUACCUCCAAACAGUGCCUCGGAGUCCCCGCCACCCCUGCCCUCUACACCUGCCCCAGGCAUGAAACGGACACCUAAGAGUGAGGGGAACUCCCCUAAGAGACCACAGGAAAGGGAGUCGUGUGAGUCUGAGGACGCUGCAAGCCUUCCUUCCUCCUACCUAUCCUCACCAGUCGAGAACGGCACCCUAGCAGCAGACACCCGCAGUCGGCCCACUUCCAAAAGCACCUUAGAGGAAAAUGCCUAUGAGGACAUAGUAGAGAAGGAGAACCCGUAUGAGGAUGUUGACCUGAAGCGGAGGAGUUUACUUCGGAAGUCUUGUCUUGUACCAGAGAACAAAAGAUCCAUGGACAGGAAGCUGAACUCACCACCUCAGCUGCCCUCCAAACCCAGUAGCCAGUCCCUGUGUCUCCCUGGUCCCAGUGACAGGAAGAGCCACCGCUCAUCACAGCUGUCCAAGCGUCACAGCCAUGAUGACAUGCUGCUGCUACCUCGGCUCACUGCCUCGUCCUCCCAGUGUGGGCUGCCGGAUCACAGCCUCUGUACCACCACCGACUCCCUGGCCUCCCAUAGACACUGGAGGAUUCCCAAGAUGGUCCAGAGAAUCAACACUAUUUACUGCACUAAAAGGGGGAAAAAGAGGCUAAAGAAGCUGUCCAUGUCCAACAUAGAGACUACAUCUCUGAGAGAUGACAACAGCGAGAGUGAGAGCGACUCAGAUGACAGGUUCAAAGCCCACACCCAGCGACUGCUGAAACUGCAGUCCAUCCUGCGACGGGCCCCGAGCUACCGCACGCUGGAGCUGCAGCUCAUUGAGUGGCAGGAGAGAGAGCUGUUUGAGUACUUUGUGGUGGUCUCCUUGAAGAAGAAGCCUAGCAAAAACUCCUACUCCCCGGAAGUCACUUAUCAGUUCCCCAAGCUAGAGCGGCCCACCAAGCAGAUGAGGGAGGCAGAGCAGAGGCUCAAAGCCAUCCCUCAAUUCUGUUUCCCAGAUGCGAAGGACUGGAACCCUGUGUCCGAAUACAGCAGUGAGACCUUCUCGUUCAUGUUGACUGGAGAGGAUGGCAGCAGGAGAUUCGGGUACUGCAGACGCCUGCUGCCGAGUGGGAAAGGGCCUCGCCUUCCAGAGGUUUACUGCAUCAUCAGCCGGCUAGGCUGCUUUGACUUGUUCUCCAAGAUUCUGGACGAGGUGGAGAGGCGAAGAGGGAUCUCUGCAGCCCUGGUCUACCCCUUCAUGAGGAGCUUGAUGGAAUCGCCCUUCCCUGCACCAGGGAAGACGAUCAAAGUGAAGACCUUCCUGCCCGGAGCAGGAAAUGAGGUCAUAGAGCUGAGGCGGCCCAUGGACUCCAGACUGGAGCACGUGGACUUUGAAAGUCUGUUCGGGUGUCUGGGUGUUCGGCAGGUGAUCCGGGUGUUCGCCUCUCUGCUGCUGGAGCGCCGGGUCAUCUUUGUGGCUGACAAACUGAGCACCCUGUCCAGCUGUAUCCAUGCUGUCGUGGCCCUGCUCUACCCCUUCUCCUGGCAGCACACCUUCAUCCCUGUCCUGCCGGCGUCCAUGGUGGACAUCGUCUGCUGCCCCACGCCCUUCCUAGUCGGGCUGCUCUCCAGCUCACUGCCCAAACUCAAGGAGUUGCCGGUGGAGGAGGCUUUGAUGGUUGACCUGGGAGCUGACCGCUUCAUUCGUCAGAUGGACGACGAAGCCUCGCUGCUGCCGCGCAAGCUGCAGUCGGCUCUGGAGCAGGCCCUGGAGCAGAGGAGUGACAUCAUCAAUCAGGACUCCGACAGCGAGUCAGACGAAGAGAGUAACACGUUGAACAGCCUGGUGUCAGAAGCCUUCAUCCGCUUCUUCUUAGAGACCAUCGGGCAUUACUCCCUGUUCCUCACCCAGAAUGAGCGUGGAGAACGUGCAUUCCAGCGGGAGGCCUUCCGCAAAUCAGUGGCCUCGAAGAGCAUCCGCCGUUUCCUGGGUGUCUUCAUGGAAUCCCAGAUGUUCGCAGGAUUCAUUCAAGAUCGUGAGCUACGAAAAUGCAGAGCCAAAGGUCUGUUUGAGCAGAGAGUGGAGCAGUAUCUAGAGGAGCUGCCAGACACAGAGCAGAGCGGAGUCAAUAAGUUUCUGAAAGGCUUGGGGAGUAAAAUGAAGUUUCUUCACAAAAAGAAUUGAUGGUAAUCUGCCAUCAUGUCAAAUGUGGUCGGACAGUUUGCGACAAACUGAAGAACUGAUGUCCCGAGAGAGUUGUGGUGAUUCUGACUGACUCAUCUGUCCAAGGAUUCGGUGGAAAUGUGUACAUAGGUCAUUCGUAAACUGGCUGUGAUACUCUUAAAUAUAGAAUUAUUUCUAAGUGUUUGGUACCUUACAAGGCUAAUGAUAUUAGGAUGGUACAGAGUGAGUGAGUUUUCCAGGUAACCACUGAUGUCCACGUAUGCUUGUGAAGGAGAGAUGCCGGUGUGUGAGUAAAUGUGUUACCACGCGGGCAUAGAUGUACAGCAGAUGCAUGUUGGUUCGUGUAUCAUUUCACGUCAGUAUUGUCCGCUGUAAACCUUACUCGUCUCUGGCAUGAUUUGUACAUGCAUUAAUGCAGAAUGAAGAAAACUGUAAGUGUAAAAAUGUUUAGUCUUUUAUAAAAAAUAAAGGAAAAAAAACAUUGGUAAAUAAAGACACAGUACUUCAAAUGCCUACAUACAUUCAUUCU